AUGUUGGAUCAAAUGGCGAACGAAAUCAAGCUCAUCUCGGGGAGCUCCCACCCCGAAAUCAGUACCAAGGUCGCUAGCCGACUCGGUAUUGAUAUCGCAAACACCAUGAGCCUUAACUACUCCAACCGAGAGACUAGUGUUUCUAUCGGAGAGUCUGUUCGUGACGAGGAUGUCUUCAUUCUUCAGUCUACUGCUCCUGGAGAUGUCAACGAUGGACUCAUGGAGCUACUCAUUAUGAUCCACGCUUGUCGAACUGCUUCGGCUAGACGUAUCACUGCUGUUAUCCCCAGCUUUCCUUACGCUCGCCAAGACAAGAAGGAUAAAUCCAGAGCUCCCAUCAGUGCUAAGCUGAUUGCAAACAUGCUGCAGGUUUCAGGAUGUAACCAUGUCAUCACCAUGGACCUCCAUGCUUCUCAAAUCCAAGGAUUCUUUAACGUCCCCGUGGAUAACCUCUACGCUGAGCCCUCUGUUCUUCGUUGGAUCAGAGAGAACCUUAACGUUGAGAACUGCGUGAUUGUCUCCCCUGACGCUGGUGGCGCCAAGCGUGCUACUUCUCUUGCUGACCGCCUGAACACUGGCUUCGCUCUUAUUCACAAGGAGCGACCUCGUCCCAACGUUGUCGGCCGCAUGGUCCUGGUCGGUGACGUCCAGGACAAGGUCGCCAUCCUGGUUGACGAUAUGGCUGAUACUUGUGGCACUCUUGCCAAGGCUGCUGAGACUGUUCACAAGCAUGGUGCCAGUGAGGUCUAUGCUAUUGUUACUCACGGUAUCUUGAGUGGUAAGGCCAUCGAUACCAUCAACAAUUCUUGCCUUUCAGGUUUAGUCGUUACCAACACUGUGCCUCUGGGUGAUAAGAUUGAGCGAUGCCCUAAGCUCAAGGUCAUCGAUGUCUCUGGAACUCUUGCCGAGGCCAUUCGACGAACUCAUAACGGAGAGUCCGUCUCGUACCUUUUCAACAAUGCUCCCGUCUAA